UACUUCCUCAGUUGUUGCGCGUGCCUAGCUUAGCUGGUCUGUGUGACCGGAGUUUCCCUUCCGCUGACGGGCUGCUGUCACACACACACACACAGGUACCAUGUUUUCCCAUUCCCGGUGUCUCACCAGGAAUUUUGGCCGAUCCCUCUCUGCCAUCCGCCAGGGGAAUAAUGUGUUAGCUCGUCGGGCUGCAGCAGCUCUGUCAGCUAGCAACUCUGUCAUCAUCAACAGCAACAAUGUAAAACAUAAUCCCCGAUCCAGUGUCUUCCAAAUUCAGUACUUCAGAACAUCUGUAGCCUACAGAGAUGAAGUUGUCACAGUUAAGACCCCUGCAUUUGCGGAAUCUGUCACAGAGGGGGAUGUGAGGUGGGAGAAAGCUGUUGGAGACACCGUCUCUGAGGAUGAGGUGGUGUGUGAAAUUGAGACCGAUAAGACAUCAGUCCAGGUUCCCUCUCCUGCCUCUGGAGUGAUCGAGGAGCUUUUGGUCCCAGAUGGAGGGAAGGUUGAAGGAGGAACUCCACUUUUUAAGCUUCGAAAAGGAGCUGGUGCUCCUAAAGCUGCAGAAACUCCAAAAGCCGAAGCUCCAGCUGCUGCAGCCCCUCCACCGCCUUCUGCUGCCCCUCCACCCCCUUCCCCUUCAUCCGUGGGCCCAAUUCCCACAGCCAUGCCCCCUGUGCCACCUGUGCCAGCACAUGCUCUGGACAGCAAACCAGUUUCAGCCAUCAAGCCCACCCCUGCUCCAACUGCACCAGUGGCACAAGCAGAGGGAGGGGCCAAAGCAGCCAGGACAGAGAGCAGGGUUAAGAUGAACCGCAUGAGACUGAGAAUUGCCCAGAGACUGAAGGAAGCCCAAAACACCUGCGCUAUGUUGACUACGUUUAAUGAGGUCGACAUGAGCAACAUCACAGAGAUGAGGAAGACUUACAAAGAUGCUUUCCUGAAAAAGCAUAACAUGAAGUUGGGCUUCAUGUCUGCAUUUGUGAAGGCUGCUGCCUACGCUCUUUCUGACCAACCUGCUGUUAAUGCCGUAAUUGAUGACACAACCAAAGAGAUUGUGUACAGGGACUAUGUUGAUAUCAGUGUGGCUGUGGCUACACCAAAGGGUUUGGUGGUUCCUGUAAUACGAAAUGUCGAGGGAAUGAACUUUGCUGAUAUCGAGAAUGCCAUCAAUUUGUUGGGAGAAAAGGCCCGUAAGAAUGAGCUGGCUGUCGAGGACAUGGAUGGAGGAACUUUCACCAUCAGCAAUGGUGGCGUGUUUGGGUCUCUGUUCGGCACCCCUAUAAUCAACCCACCGCAGUCUGCUAUAUUAGGCAUGCAUGGCAUCUUUGACAGACCUGUUGCAGUCGGUGGAAAGGUGGAAAUCCGUCCAAUGAUGUAUGUUGCCCUGACGUACGAUCAUCGGCUGAUUGAUGGAAGAGAGGCUGUCACUUUCCUGCGCAAGAUCAAGUCCGUGGUGGAGGACCCCAGGGUGCUGCUCCUUGACAUGUAAACCUCUGUGAACUCCAGGCCCAAACAAACAAACCACCCCACACAAAUAGUGGCUGUACUCAUCUGACGAACAUUACUACAUGUAAUUUUGUAAUGUGUUGUUGUAUUGGUUAACUACAGGGGGGAAAAAAGAAGACAACACUUGGGUUGUGCAAUGGACAUUUGCAAAGCUAGCAGUGAUAAAGGGUUUUGUGCUGCUGUGGAGAAUUGUUGGGGUCUGGGGUUUCUGGUGCUGGUCUAUAGAUCAAAAAAAAAAAGAAAAUUGUCAUACUGAUGUGCGCCAUAUGUCGUUUUCUACAUAGGACUGAAAGAUUUUCAACUUAUUGUGAGACGAAUGGCAGACACAGUUAAAACUCCAUAGAUGAAUUUUAUUGUUUUAGCAGAGAGAAAAACAAAGAGCACAUAUUGGGCUAGAAACCAAGAAAAGCUGUUCUAAAAUCUCCAAAGUGAUGAAGUCCUCAGAGAAUUUACGCCACCUGUUCAGAAUAAAAGAAAAGGUCUCCUUUUGCUGUGUAAGAAAAACUAUUUAAGAAAAAAGAACAUUUUAAACAAUAAAAGCUGAAUUACUCGACUUA